AUGUUGUCAGUUGUUGCUAAACUAGCUAAAGUAGCUAAAGGUGUCAUUGUUGAUAAAUAUGAGUAUCAACCUAAACCCCAAGAAGGUAAAGGUAGUGCUCAAUCCAAAAUGACAACGAUACCUACUUCAAGUCAAGGAAAGAUCCUUCCAAUAAGAAUGAAGAAGGUUUCUGAAAAAAAGAACAUUUCAAUGAAAAGAAGCAAGGAAGUUGGUUCCUAUGGUGAGAAUACAUCUCCUCGAGGAGACCAGCAUCCUUUCCAAAGGUGGAAAACUUUGAUAGGAACAAGCCACCCCCUCUCAUUAAUGGCCAUUGGUGAAAAAAAUGUACUACAAAGUGGGAAAGGAAAAGCCAUCCAGGUGAUCAAAAGAGAACCAGAAGUGGGAUUACUGGGCAUCACUAAAAAUCACACUCGAAUACAACCUUAUCCAUCGAAACAAGAUGACAUCUUCUUUGACGCGGCGGAUGUCUUUCUUGAAAAAUCUGUUGCCAGAUUUAGGGAAUCGACCUUUCAAGUAUGUAUUCCAUUAGCCAUUGGAUUCAUAAUUUGGUGGACUGCAUUGCCUGAGUUUGUAAUUGAACAGUUGCCUGAAUCCUGCCUUGAUCAUAUCUGGAUCAAGAUAUGGAGAAAGGUAGUCAAGGGGCGGAGGAAACCCUUGACUGGAUUGAAUCCUUCGCGAUUCCCUUGUGGCUACUUACUUCGGGUCUCAGGCAGUGAGAUACUGGAGAAAGGUGGGGAGGAUAGAAGGUGA